UAUUUAUUUAUUUUCUUCUGUAAUUUGUGGAAAUUAUUGACUGGUUUUUACCUUUGUGAUUAUUUUCUCUAUCCAAAACCACACUCUGCAGCAAUGGCGAAAGAUCCAGUUCGAGUUCUUGUCACUGGUGCUGCUGUAAUCUGGGCCAGAAUUACCUUAGUGGUUCCAUACUGCACGAAUGGACUUCUACGAAGUUGAAAUUUCUGGUUCUCAGCGUGAACAACUUAUCAGGACCAAUCCCUAGCUAUUUGGGAAACAUUGUUACUCUCCAAGCUUUGUAUGCUUUCACGGGAGAGUUGCCUGUGUCUCUCACUAAUAUGACCAAAUUAAAAACACUUUGGAUUGGCAGUAACAACUUCACUGGGAAAAUACCGAACUAUUUUCUUAGUUGGAAAGAGCUCGAGAUGUUAGAGAUGCAAGGGAGUGGUCUUGAGGGGCCCAUUCCUCCUAGCCUUUCUGCAUUAACUAAAAUGUCAUACCUAGCGAUUAGUGACUUAAGUGGUGAGAGUUCAGAUUUUCCAAACUUGUCAAAUAUGAAAGACAUGCAGACUUUGAUGUUAAGGAGCUGCAAUAUAAGAACAAUCCCUGAAUAUAUCUCUAAUAUGACAUGUCUGAAACUUUUGUAAUACUUCUGUUUAUUCAUUCUCUGUACUUUUGCUUGAGGUUACAUAUACUCAGAUUACUCAGAUCAUAUGUAUACCACUAGCACGCAUGUAGUGUGCAUACCUACAUGUUUAUUGCAACCUUUCCUCAUUAAUUUGUCUGUGCUUAGGAGGCUUCAACAGAUAAAUGUCUAUGAUUAAGAAUAUAGUGACUUGGUAGACAGAUUAUAACGCUACACGAAAGAUAAGGCGAAUUACACAAUGUAUAAGGUUAUGUAUACAAGUACUUUUUGGCUGAAGGUUCAUGAUUAUAAGAAGGCUGGGGUAUUGUAUUGAUGAUGAGUGGUUAAGUCCAAAAUUUUCUAUCUUGCUGCU